GGAUCGUUGUUGGGGUCCUUCCUUCCAGCGCAGAUCAAGAAAGCUCACCGGCAGCCAUCGCGUCAUAAACACGUUUUAUUUCUCUCUUUAGAAGCUUCUGUGACGAGUUUUAAAACAUGUCUGGAAGAGAAGGAGGCAAAAAGAAACCACUGAAGGCCCCGAAGAAAGCUUCAAAGGAAAUGGAUGACGAUGAGCUCGCCUUCAAGCAGAAACAGAAGGAAGACCAGAAAGCGUUGGAGGCGUUGAAGACCAAAGCUUCUGGAAAAGGACCUCUAGCGAGCGGCGGCAUCAAGAAAUCAGGCAAAAAGUAAAUUCUGAAUCCAGAAACAGUUGUGUAUUUGCUCCCCGGUUUUGUUUUCUUUGUCUGUGAUGUGUGUAUGCUCACUGAGGAGACUUCAGUUUGUUUUGUUUAAAAAAAUGAAACCCCAUGCAAACUGUAAAACCAGCCCUGGUGUCUUGACUGUUGGAAAAAGAACGGGAAAUGAAUUUAAGGACGUUACACACAUCUAAACUCAUGACAUGUCAUCAGAGGUUAUAUUUUGUUUUCCUUUUCUUGUGUUAUUGAGACCGACUGUAUCACUCAGAGAUACAUCUAUAAAUCCCGCUCAGAAAUGUUCUGCAGAUUUAGAUAUGUAAACUGUGGAUAUCCACAUUUUCUUCUGUGUCCUAAACACAAAACUAAUUUUUCAUUUUGUUGUAUUGUAAACAGGGAGAUACUAAUAAAGUUUUUGUAAUGAC